AUGUAUCAUCGCCCGAAGAUUCUUUUACUCUGCCUUAUUCUACUUCAAAUCCGGCCGUUCAGCACUCUGCCCACCAUUAAUCAACCGUUCCCGGUUUCAAGAAAUUAUUUUAGUCCAACUGAGAAGCAACCACUUUUCAAGCCACCCGAAUUGGAGGAGACCAUCGAGGAAGUGCAGCGUAUUUUGUCACAAGACCCUUCGUUGCCACGCCUGACGAGAGGUGAAAUCGAGGAGCUCUAUGAGAAGGUGACGCGCGAAGAGUACCAAAAAAGCAUUGCAGCUGGCGAUAUGGGACGCGCGGAUAGCAUGCGUGCGCUCAUGCUGGUGCUGCCAUAUAAUACGGACAAUAAAACUGAGGGCAACAUACAGGAGCUCUACACACGCCCGCCUGUGACGAGAGUAAUCGAUUCUUACACAUCGCACCAGCCAAUCAAAUUCAUUACACCCGAUCCGAGCGCGCCAGUAAAAACUGAAACAGCGAAUAUUGGAAACUUUGCAGCGACCACCUAUAAACCUGCUUAUUCGCUGAAAACGCGUCAAGCGUUUGCGCCCAGCCCGACCACUUAUCAUCCGUUACCCCCGGCGCCAGUCAUGCUGAAGAUGACUGCGCCAUCUCAGCGCACACCCAGCGGUUUUCAACCCGUCACUAAUAGCAUAAAUGGCGCCAUCUAUGAAACGAAUAUGGAACCAAAUCCAACGCCAAAGCCAGUGCACCGUUAUAGCAGCCAUUAUAGCGCGAAGAAUGCUGAGUUCCUCAAGCAGCGCAGGCCGAAACCUGAUCAGACGACGACUGUACGCCCAGUGGCAGAUGUCUUAGAGAGUUUGGGUAUUGUUGGACAAACACAGUCACGCAAUCGUUUCACCAUCGACGAUUACUAUGCGGCAGAGAGCGCACCACAACCAGUUAUAUCGACUUAUGUGCCACAGACGAUAGGCAUUUCACAGCUAAAAGAGCUGCAGGGGUAUAGCCUGUCGCCGAAGAUUAAGCCCGAUGCUUACUCGAGCUUCAAGCCACUAAAUAUUGGCGAGGAGAUACGCGUCAAGCCUGAGGUGGAGGGUUAUCUUACACGUUUCGGUAUUGUUGGUGGCCGUAAGCGUAAGGAUUUGAAGAAGGGAAACAAUAAUGUGAGGGGCCAAAGCACGGAGCUCGCGGCUGGUGGAAGCGAGAUUUCUACAGCAAAGUUGCCGAGACGUGGCACACCAGCUAGUGCGAAUAAAGCAGCGAGCAGUGAGCUGGAGAAACUGCUCGAGAAUUUGCAGGAGCUCGAGCGUUUAAAUAUCAAUCCGAAAGUAUUGAGCCCCACCACAACCAUACGACCGACGACUACGACCACAAGGAGCACAACUACUCCUGCGCCUACAACACCCAGUCUGAUAACAAACGGCGAGCCGCUACUAAUUGAGCCGAAAAAACCACGUAGACGCAUAGAUCCGAAUAUCGAUAUUAACUUCGGCAACUCGGGUAAUCACCAGACCGAAACAACUAACACCGACCAACUUAACAAGUUGCUCGAAAAUUUACAGGAACUUGAGAGAUUGCGUAUUAAUCCAGAUAAUGUGCUGAAGAAUAUUGCACCCACUGCAAAACCUGCUAGCGUUGCACGCACAGGCACGCAGCAAUUCGCCACACCAACGCCACGCACGGCGAGUUUAGUGAACCGUUUCAACGAGCUUGCGCUGCAAUCCACGCCAGCUACGCGCAGCUCAGCGCAGCCGGAUGUGGCACAACUACAGCAAGUCUUGCGGCAAUUGCAGUCGCUGGAGCAGACGAAUGCGCGCACAACAAAGAAGCCACAAGCUCAGCCAGUAAGAGCGGGGGGAGGAUUCCUAAGCGGGCUGGGUGGGCUCGGAGGCCUCGGUGGUGCAGACGUUUUGAAUCUGCAGAAACUGCUAACCGACGAUCGCGAGCUUGAGCGGUUAUAUGAGCAGGCGCGUGCCGGACAAACUGGGAGAGUAGUGGUGACAACUACAACACCGAAGCCAAGAACAACGACCACACAGCGCGCCUUGCCAUUUGGUGGUUUGAAUGAAGCGGACUUGCAGCGCUUGUUUGAACAGGCAGGCGCGCUGCCUAGCAGUACGACAACUGUGCCUACUACCACAACAACAACUUCAACAACAGCGCGCACGCCAGCGCCUAGCUAUCGCGAGUUUGAGCAGCUGCAAAAGUAUUUUGCAGAGUUGGAGCGCACGCGCACUAGCACCAGCACAACAACUACUACCACAACUACACCUGCACCUACUACCACUACCACCACAAGCGCGCCAACUACAACGACUUCCACUAGCACCACAACAUCAACUACGCCAACGCCUGCCGUUAGUUCGAUCGAUUUGGCUCAGCGCAUCACAAAUGGCCUCAGCGCGCAAAAGCCCAAGAAGCCGGACGCUGACAACGAUCAGUUGCAGGAGCUCAUCAAUCGUGUACAACAGCUGGAACGUUUGAAUUCGGAUAAGCUUGAGAACAGCAUACGCGCGACCACAACGGAUACGCCCAUACCAUUCGUUGGUUUCACUACGCGCAAGGUAAAUGCGCCUAAUCCCAAAUCCAAUGAACUCCGUGCGCCCUCGAAUGAUUUCGCGCAUCUGCAAGAGCUCUACCAACAGGUUGCGAGCGCGGAACAAGGCGCUUUUGGACGCGUUGAAAUCUCUACUUCGGCCACUGCUGCGAAACCUUCUUCCGGCAAGCGCACACAAAAUUUCGCACAAAAAAUAAUCGACAUCACCAAUGACACUGGCUCCGGUAGCAGCUUGCAAGAAGUGGAUCCCAGCGACUUUGUGCAACUACAGAAGCUGCUGAGUAAAGUACAGGAACUAGAGCGCGUGAAGAUCCAUGGCGUGCAGGGCAUCUUAGAACCAGCCACGCCUACGCCAACUGUAAGCAGCUAUACAAAGGAUAUCUCGACUUUGUCCAAUCUGGUAACCUCCGCGUCGGCGCAUACACACGCCGUACAAAACACAAAUGGAGCGCAGAUUAUUUACCCCGAGAAGGCGCAUGAGUACAAACCAUUCGAGAACAUACUCACGCCGGAACAUCAGCAGCCAACAAAGUCACAUGUGGACAAGAAGGGAGAGGCUGUGCCAGAACCCACCUCCAGCGAGGAGUUACGUGAGUUGGCUAUGCCGGCACCAGCGAACCCAAAGAAUUCAUCAUUCGACAAAGACUUUGAACAGUAUCAGGAGUUCUUUAAGAAACUCGAGGAUGAGGAGCGCAACUCGUACCAGAAUAUGCAGCCGCCGAUAAUACAAAAAACUGUGACGAAGGAGCCCCCGCGUUUCAUUGCGACACACAAACCGCAAAAGCCCGGUAAUGGGCAGCAGAAGGCUGAUCUCGAAGAGCUGCAAAAGAUCUUGAGCAAUGCUCAGGAGUUGGAAAAAUUAGGCAUCACUUUGCCAACAGAAUUAUCCCAGCAGAUUGAGACCAAACUUACGAACCACGCGAACAAUGAAAGAGCUGAAAAACAAUUGGAGUCUACUACCGCAAAGCCAGUGCAUAUAGUCACUGCAGAGCGUCCCAAAGCCAAUGGAGAGUAUAUUGACCUAAUAAGCAAUUUGGGUGCUAUAAGCUCAAGCACCACCUUCCCCACAACGAAUCACGAUGCAACCAGCGCUGAAAGUGUAGAUGCGUCUAGCGAAAAGGAAGCCUUCUUUUCGCUUACGACGCCAAAGUCGCUGGUACCAAAAGAGCCCAAGCCUACCACGUCCAGUGCGCUCGACCUUCCCGUUUUUAGCGCAACUAAGAUCAUAGAAGCGGCUAUCAAGCGCGCAGCCAACAAAAUUGGCGUUUCCACUGAGCAGACACUAGGCUUCCAAAGGCGUAGCGAUAAGGAUGUGUAUGCCGACAUGGAUCCUGGG